CACCCCUCAUCUCUCAAAGUCGACCUGAGCCCCUCCAUUUUGGCAAUUUCCAGGUUCAUUCACUCUCCUCGCUCUCUUCACCGUCACCAUGGCUCAGCGGCUGCUUUUGCGGCCACUCGUCUCAAGCUCUUCCUCUCUUCUUGUUCCAACAAGAGAAACGGCACGCUCGUUCAGCACAGUGGUCGACAUCCCAGUCAUAAAGCCCACCAGCUCCGUCUUCCAAGAUGCGGUGCAAGCCUCCGGCCCACGAACCAAUUGGACGCGGGAGGAGAUCGCAGAGGUGUACAACACCCCUCUCAUGGAGCUCACCUAUGCUUCCGCCUCCGUCCACCGCCGCUUCCACAAACCAGGCGCUAUUCAGAUGUGCACCCUCAUGAACAUCAAAACCGGCGGCUGCAGCGAAGACUGCAGCUACUGCGCCCAAUCCUCUCGCUACAACACGGGUCUCAAAGCCACAAAAAUGGUCAACGUCGAGUCCGUCCUCGAAGCCGCCCGCAUAGCCAAGGAGAACGGGAGCACGCGAUUCUGCAUGGGUGCUGCGUGGAGAGAUAUGCGAGGUCGCAAGACGAAUCUGAAGAACAUUAAAGAGAUGGUUAAAGGGGUGAGGGAACUGGGCAUGGAGGCAUGCGUCACACUGGGCAUGAUUGAUGCGGAGCAGGCGAAAGAGUUGAAGGAGUCGGGGCUCACUGCGUACAAUCACAAUGUGGACACUUCGAGGGAACAUUAUCCCAGUGUGAUUACGACGCGGACAUAUGAUGAGCGGUUAGCUACCAUCAAGAAUGUUAGUGAGGCGGGGAUUCAUGUCUGCACGGGUGGUAUCCUUGGGCUGGGAGAGAAGCCGAAGGACCAUAUUGGACUUAUUCACACCGUCGCGACGCUACCAACACACCCCGAGUCCUUCCCUGUCAACGCACUGGUGCCGAUCAAAGGCACACCGCUUGGCGACAGAAAGCCGAUCGCCUUCGACGCCAUCCUGCGGACCAUAGCGACGGCUCGGCUUGUCCUUCCUUCUACCAUCAUUCGACUCGCUGCAGGCAGGAACACGAUGGAAGAAGAGAAACAGGUUCUAUGCUUUAUGGCGGGCGCCAAUGCUGUUUUUACGGGGGAGAAGAUGCUGACGACUGAGUGCAAUGGGUGGGACGAAGAUAGGGAGAUGUUUGAGCGGUGGGGUCUGCGGGCUAUGGCUCCUCAUGAAACGAUGCAGGGGAAGCAAGAGCAAGAGGCAAUUGCAGGCACGGUUGGAGAAGCUGAGCAGAAGAUAGAGGCUGCAGCUAGUCUUUGAGGGGACAAAGUAAAAGCACACAGUUUGGUCCUAAGUAUGACCACGUUGUGCUACGCAUAAGCGAGGGGUCGGGGCAAAUGCUGCCCUAGUCUCCGUUUGAUUCUAUUUACUCAUAUUCGGCCCAGAGCGGCUGUUGGGAAGCCAAAGACAAUUGUCAGCCCAUUCCAGGAACCAUCCUCAUAACCUGGACUUCGCAGAAAAUCCAACCCCUGUUUCCAGUGCACCCGCCUUGCCCACACGCCUACUUUGCAUGACCCACUCCUCAAUACUAUCCACCAAAACCCUCACCUCCUCCACAGUAUUCCCCGCAUGCAGACACACUCUUAUCCUCGACGUACCUUCCGGUACAGUCGGAGGCACCACUGCCCUCACCAUCAUUCCCCUGCCCUGAAGAAAACUUGCAAGGCUUCUGGGGUUGGAUGCUAAGAUGGCGAAAAUAGGUGAUUGGGGUUUCUCUUUCGGAAUCUGGAGGGUCGAAGAUUGGACUAAGG